CUCUUCUUCCUCCUUUACCUAUCCCUUGAUCACCAACAUCAUCUUCUACCACCUAAGUCACUCAUAUACUUGAACGUGUCUUAGAGAGUUAGCAAACGCAGACAAACAUCCACCAUGUCGACGUCGACUGCGCAGCCCGCCGACCCCGUCGCCAAGGGCGUGCUGGCCACGGCUAAGCAAGCCUGGAAGGACCUCUUCAUCUGGAGACAGCGCACCGUCGUUGUUAGCCCAACUGGCGAAACACACACAGAAUGGCAAGAUCCCGACCCAAUCAAGAACCCCAUCAGCUUGAUGGCCCAGCUGAGCCCUCGCGACUGGCUCUUCUUCCUCUGCGGUUUCUGCGCCUGGACGGCCGAUGCCUUUGACUUCCACGCCUUGUCUAUCCAGACCACUAAGCUGGCCAAGUACUACGACCGGUCAAAGACAGAUAUCACUACUGCCAUCACCUUGACUCUGCUUCUCCGUUCCGUCGGCGCCGCCUGCUUCGGCCUGGCUGGUGACAAGUAUGGUCGCAAGUGGCCCAUGGUUGCCAACAUGAUCAUCCUCGGUCUUUUGCAGAUCGCCACCAUCUACAGCAAGACUUUCCAGCAAUUCUUGGCUGUGCGCAGCUUAUUCGGUCUCUUCAUGGGAGGUGUCUACGGCAACGCCAUUGCCAUGGCCCUUGAGCACUGCCCCUCCAACGCUCGUGGUUUGAUGUCCGGAAUCCUUCAACAGGGAUACUCAUUCGGUUACGUCCUCGCCGCUUGCGCCAACCUCGGUGUCGGCGGUGGCGUUGAGACCUGGAAGACGGUCUUCUGGAUCGCCGCCGGUAUCUCCAUCGCUGUCGGUCUCGUCCGUAUUGCUUUCCCCGAAUCCCAGCAGUUCCUCGAGGCCAAGGCCCACGGAAAGAAGUCGGCUUCGCCCGGCGCCUUCUGGAGGGAGACCAAGAAGAUGCUGGCCCAGGAGUGGAAGAUGUGCGUCUACUGCAUCAUCCUCAUGACCUGGUUCAACUACUACUCCCACACGUCGCAAGAUUCGUACACCACAUUCAUGAUUGCCCAGAAGGAGAUGGACAACGCUGGUGCUUCCCGCGCCUCCAUUCUCAUGAAGGCCGGUGCCUGCGUUGGUGGCACCAUCAUCGGCUACCUGUCUCAGUUCGUUGGUCGUCGCCGCGCCAUCAUCGUCUCGGCUCUCAUCUCUGCCUGCCUUAUCCCCGCCUGGAUUCUCCCCCAGGGCGAGCGCAGCCUGAGUGCUAGCGGUUUCUUCAUGCAGUUCUUCGUCCAGGGUGCCUGGGGUGUCAUUCCCAUUCACCUUAACGAGCUGUCGCCCCCGGCCUUCCGCUCCUCUUUCCCCGGUAUCACCUACCAGCUGGGUAACAUGAUCUCGUCUCCUUCGGCACAGAUUGUUAAUGCCAUCUCCGAGAAGACGUUUGUCACCGCUCCCUCAGGCCACAGCGUCGAGGCCUACGGACCCGUCAUGGGUAUUGCCACGGCCAUCAUCGCCAUGGGCAUCGUCGUCACCACCAUGUUCGGACCCGAGCGUCGCGGCCGCAGCUUCGAGCACGCCGUCGCUGGUGUACAGGGCGAGGCCGUCGAGACCAAGGAGAUUGACGAUCAUGACGAGGAGAAGGGCAGUAUCAGGGCCUCCAACGUCGAGGACACACGCAAGGAGUAAGAUCGGUCGCUGCCGGGCUCAGCGAUAGACAUACAAUACUAGGAAUGUUUUGGAAUUUUGGUACAUAGGUACAGGGAGGAGGCCAGGCAUAGGCCUCCAGUGGCUGUGAUGCCAUAUACAAUACCCCAUGGGAAGCGCCCCGACGCGAAUGAAUGAAAAUUAAGAUUGAUACCACUUUCAAAAAGCCCCCCUGUCUUACUGCACUCGGCCGUGACAAUCAACAAAUGUGUGCGACAUCAUGUUUCACAUCACGACAUUUCUGCUCGUGUGGACAAGCUUUCCGCCAAGCCGUUGGGUAAGUAUCGGCGUUGCUGGGCAUCGAAGCUUGCGAGUGCUUGUCACGAGCAGUGGGGCGUGAUGUCUCUGACCUUUUUGCUUUCCCAUUUCAGGGAAAUUAGUCAUCGGAAGUGCUAGGCCUGAUGGAGGC